UUCUGAUUAUAAAACAACCAUGGUACUGCAUAAAGUUGGGAAAUUUUAGAAAAGAUUAAAAAAGAAAAUGGAAAGCUCGUGUAAUCUCCCAAACCACUGUUGUCAGAAAUCAGUUGGGACAACAAGCCUGGGGGAUACCGACGAGCGGUGGGCGCCGCCCAGCAUCGCGUCCCUGCUCACGACCACGGUCAUCGGCAACAACCACCUUGGCUUCCAGGUCCGCGUAGAAGCUCCAGCUGCUGCGGGGGGCGCUGCACAUCCCGCGCCGUACGGGGGCAAGAUGAAAAGCGCCCUGAUCCAGAUUGUCGGGCUCGCCACCUUGGACUCAGCCCCCCGGGUCCUCGUGGUGGCCCAUAUUUCACGGUCCUUUCCCGAUGAGGGGUCGCUCAAACUCGAUCUUGAAGAGCAGAACCCCAGUGCUCGGCGCGGGGAGCCCUUCCACGCCAAGGGCCGGGGACUGCUCGGGAAGAUGCCACCAGCCAGUCCAGAGGCAUCGCGAGCCGCUUGGUGGGUGCUGGCCGAGAGGCAGAGAGAAAAAGAUGCAGGUUAGAUGCAGAAGCCAGGGAGGAAACGGUCAUGACUGCGCCACGUCGGAGGACGCGGCGGGCUGGGGUUCGCUAAGACGCGCAGAGCUCUGGCCAGCGACCCACGCACCGCGGGGUUCCCGCAUCCCCUACACCCGCAGCUCCGAGAUCCCGCUUCGCCGUCGCCCCAGAACGCCAGCAGGCCCCACUACCUGCCCGCCACCCCCAGCCCAGAGCGCCAGCGUUCAACUGUAGCUGCGUGGCUCCUGCGUCCGCAGCGGCCGGGGAAGAACCUGCCCCGCACGCAAGAGCAGACUCUGGGUGCGCCUACGGCCCUGCUCCCGGGCUGCAGCGCUCGUGGAGAACCCGGCCGGCAGCAGCGCGUAGUGAUCCAGGUGGAGCCGAGCGAGCGCACCGAGGCCCCGGCAGCGCCUCCUGCUGGUUGGACACUGUGAGAAUGAGGUUAAGUUUAGCUUUCACACAGGACAGGUGUGCCUUGGAGGGUGGGGCAGUUAAGGAAUUGGCAGAAGGUUAAAAAGACAAACUGUAAUCCAUAAUCAGUUCUCCUGCUUAUCCGCCCACUAUCCACAGUCAGUUCCCCUGCCCACUAUCUACUACUAUCCUUGCAAGGUGGAAACUUAGAAUAGAAGUUCCCCAAAUAGCCUCAUAACCUGUUACCAAACUAGCGCAGACUGGCUCUAAAGAGGCCUGGGCAUAACCAUUAUAGUCAGGGGUGGAGAUUUGUUCCAACCUUUCCUAAUGUUGCAAAUUUGAGCGGGAAACCUAUUUCAAAUGUUUCCAAUUUGGGCGGGCUGCAUGUUUCAAAUUUGCAGGGGCUAGUUAGGCUUGUCCAAUAGAAUGUAACCUCUAAAGUAUCCAGCCAAUGGAGAAACAGGGGAGGGACUUGCGUUUAGGGGUAGAGAAUAAAUACUGUUGAGCGGGAAACCUAUUUCAAAUGUUUCCAAUUUGGGCGGGCUGCAUGUUUCAAAUUUGCAGGGGCUAGUUAGGCUUGUCCAAUAGAAUGUAACCUCUAAAGUAUCCAGCCAAUGGAGAAACAGGGGAGGGACUUGCGUUUAGGGGUAGAGAAUAAAUACUGCUGAGUCUAUUGUUCAGGGCUCCAACCCCCUCAUUUUGGUUGGGUGUGGUUCUUGCAAGACUGUAAAUAAAUUCUUUUCUUCUCCACAAUAGGGUGAGCGUUUAUUCCUUUUUAGGAAUAGUGCUUGUUUCUCAUAGACAUGGACUUCGAUGCGCACCUCUAGAAGUCCAAGUCCAUGGCCACUGGCUCCUAGAGCCUUCGCAGCGCUGCGCCUCGCUGCCCGGCUUUCCUCCAGGGGCCCCAGGGAAUGGCAGCUGUGCCAGCUUAGCUGAGCCAUUCAAAUGGACAGACGGACAACCGGCAGGGCCGAGUCUCCCCUGCCCGGCCUCCCCGGCUUCCUCAAUGUGCGGCGGAGCCUCAGCCUAGUGAAGGGUUUAGAUUCAUUUCUCUGGGGUGUUUUGGACUCAUUUAAAAAAUUGUUGUAUGGGUAAUUUUUGUGCGAUUC